AUGGCCAGUGACAGUCUACUUCGCAUUCUGCUCUUCGCUGCAUGUCUCCGACUUUACCAAGCAAGAAUACUCCUCUUCUGGGCUGUGGAUGGAAGCAAAAGAACGCAGGACAUGGUAAAGAGAAAUGUCCGCCACGUGGAGCUUUCUGGAAUACCUCACGAUGUGAUCCUAGCGCACUACCGCGGUUCUGACAAAGACUGGGAUCGAGAAUGGUGCAAGAAGCAUGUUUCCGAGUCUCUGGUGGCCAAGGGCUACAAGUUCCACCUGAUGCAGAAAGCCUACAAGGAUGGGCAGUGGGAGGAUCGCUACGAGUUCAUCUGGGCGCUUGACAGCGACAUUGACCUGUCCAAGGCAGACAUCCAGCACUUCCUGACCAUGGCCCGGCUCAGCCAGUCUCCGAUCGUUGGUCCAACCUUCGUCCAAGCAAAUGGCAAGCCUUUGUUGUUUCAGGAGCACAGCACUGUGGUUCGUCGUGAGGGACAUGCUCCCUCAAGGGACAGCCACCGGCAUGCUCAUCAAAUCAGCGGUCCGAAUGCCAUUCAAACUCCAGAUCCAGGGUGCGACUUUCGACACACAGACUUCGUGGAGUUGACAGCGCCGCUUCUAAAGUCGCACGUGCUGAAGCUUGUUCUUCGCGACUGCCACUCCUGCAUCCAUGACAAGUCAGACUGGGGAUUGGACAUGAUGUGGUGCAAGUAUGCGUCCAAGAGGUUGCAAAAUCAGGCGUGCGCCCUGAUAGAUGCCACUCCAGUAAUACACAUGGACUGGGGGCUGGCACCAAUCAGUCAAGAAUUCUACAGGGCUUUGCAUGCCGUUCAGACCACCUACAACGCAUACUGGAGCGAUCGUCGUGUGCUGGACUGCAAGCGGCGUGGCGAAGGUCUGGUGGAAAUACCAGAGGAAGACGCCGCUCAGACAAAAGCUCGGAACACGACAAGCUCGAAGAAGCGGUCUGCAAAGGCUGCAAACUCAACACGGCAGAAAGCUGGCAAAUCAGACUCUCGUAAGGAUCAUCAGGAUGACACUGCAGAUGAACCGGCUGAAGAGGAGCAAGAUGAUGAUGGACUACCCUCGGACAGCGAGCCCAACGAUGCCAAGAGCAGCGACAGCGCCGACAAUCCGGACGAGGAGGGCGCAGCUGGAGACGGGGAAGAGGAAGAGGAGGCCGACGGUGCUCCCAGCAGCGACAAGACUGCUCAACAAUCGAGGAUGGGCAAUACCUCCAAGCAAGCUGCAAAGAAGGAAAGGGCAUCGGAUGCGCACAGCUCAAGCGCAGGCACAUCCCGGGCUUCCAAGGCGGACGCCGGCAAGCGCGCAGACGCCGAGGGAAGCGACGAGGAGACCCAAGAAGAGGAUGCUGGGCUUGACGGAGGACUGCCUGCAGACAAGUCCAAAGAAGAUCCCGACGAGGAGGGCGCAGCUGGAGACGGGGAAGAGGAAGAGGAGGCCGACGAUGCUCCCAGCAGCGACAAGACUGCUCAACAAUCGAGGAUGGGCAAUACCUCCAAGCAAGCUGCAAAGAAGGAAAGGGCAUCGGAUGCGCACAGCUCAAGCGCAGGCACAUCCCGGGCUUCCAAGGCGGACGGCGGCAAGCGCGCAGACGCCGAGGGAAGCGACGAGGAUGCGGAUGUUCCCGACCUGGACACCACGGGGAAUGCUUCUCAUCCCAAAGCCGAGGACAAGCCUGCUCGUCGUUCAAUGCCAGGGGGAGGAAUUUUCAAGGUGAAGGCUACGCAAAAUCCUUCCGGUUCGCUUGACGAUGGUGUGUUGCCAAGCGGCUCACGUCUCUCUAUGGGUGAGUCGGCACCUGCUGCCGCGUCUGCUGUGGAAAACACCACACACAGCAGGCAAGACAGAGCAAUUGCCAGCACCAAGACGAAGCCGGGUUCGACAAAUUCCGAGACUGGAGCCGUCAAGGGCGACUCCACGGGGUAUGAGGACAUGUCUCUCGGCGACGAGGAAGACUUGGACCUCGAUUUUCCUGCUGAAAGCGGGGCGCAGAACAUGGAGCACGAUGCUCCCAUGGAAGAGCCGGGCGACGUGAGCAAGAGCCCACAGGAUCUGGCUGGAUCGACGAAGAAAAAGACCUUGGACGCCGACGUGGCCAUGGCGGAGCAAGGCGGACAGGGACAAGACAGCACAGUCGAGUUCCAGGAGGUGAGCCAACGACAUGCCAUCCCGGACCCGGUCCGGGCCGAUGCCUCCGCUUUUCAGGAGGCAGAGCAAAGGCUGAGGGAUGACAUUGAGUCGCUGAGAAAGCUGGAGCAGGAGCUCCGGCUUCGAAGCCCGCCGGGUCCUGUCCAAUCGACGAGGAGCCAGAUCGCUGGGCAGAAGCCUGCCAAGGCAGCAGGCCGCGCCACACCGAAGUCCAGCAAGCGAAGGAAGGGCCCAGCAGCUGCUAGCCAGCAGGCGAUGUCGCUGUUGGAGCUUGGGUCAGCUCCGGCCAGCGAGGAGGAGCUGCAGGCGCUGGAGAUUCAGCAGCUUGCUGCUGGACAGCGUGAAGUGGCCAUGAAGGCUGCCCAGGAGGUUGUUGACAACAUGGGGUCCUCACUGACAGCGGAUGAGCGGGACCGAACAAGGAGGGCAGCCAUCGAGUCCGUUCGACACGCUGUAGCUGAACAGGUGGAGGCACAAGAGCGACAGCAGAACAUCAAGGCAGCGGGAGCCAUGUCCGAACUUCUCAGGAGCGCUCAAUCGGACCAUGAGGACAAGGCAGAGCUGUCGAUGGUGAGGCAGCUGAAGGCGGAGCUGGCAGAAGCUAAAGAACUGGCUGACAAAGACCACCAGGUAGAAGAGCAAAAAGUAAGUACGCUCUUGGAGCGACUGGCGCACCAGCGAAGCGAGCCCGCGCGGGCCAAUGAGGAUAAGCUCCUCAUAGCAAGGGCGAAGCAAAUUCUGGAGCUCAAGGCACAAGUGCAGUGGGAUGAGAAGCGCCUGUCAAAAGAGAAGGAGGAUGAGCUCGUCCUCAAAAACAAGAUAAGGCAGCUGGAGGAGAAGAUUCGGCAGAGACGACACGCCUCACUCCACGAGGCGAAGAACGCGAAGAGGGCAAAGGCGCGAAAAGUUGCCGUCGAUGUGGACCACAGCGGCCGCGCGCUGCCCAUCGAGCAGGAUGACAGAUAG